UCCGCGAGCCCAGAGACGUGCCUGCAGUCACAGGGUUUAUUUAACACGUAGCCAGGAUCCCACCCAGCUCUCACACAUUGAGUCGGGCGUGGAGCUCCCAAGUCAUUCUGCCGCGCGCGGACCUCAGGCUGACAACACGCCACUUCCACUCACAACCAGGAGACUCGCACGGGAACAAGUCUUAUAUAGAAAUAUAUAUUUUGAGGCUUGUCUGUUUUGAGGCAUAUCUGGAGUCCUCUGGACACUUUGAGGCAUUUUUAUUCGUGUCUUUGUCCAAGCGUCAUGGAGAGGAUUACAAGUGCGCAACCACCUCCUUACGUGCCGAAACACCCACCAAUGGAUAUAGCUGACAUGCACGGAAUGGACUUUCCACUUUAUGUGUUCAAACCCAGGAGAGGCUCAAAGCGCGUGGACGAGUGCAAGGAGACGAACAAGCUGCCGCACCGGCUGAUCGAAAAGAAGAGACGUGACAGAAUCAACGAGUGCAUCUCCCAGCUGAAGGACCUGCUGCCAGAACAUCUGAAGCUCACAACGCUGGGUCAUUUGGAGAAAGCCGUGGUGCUGGAGCUCACGCUCAAGCAUGUGAAAACCCUGAGUGCUGUCCUGGAGCAGCAGCAGAAGAAAAUCAUGGCGCUACAGAAGGACCUGCAGAUCAGUGAUCAUGCAGGGGACAGCACAGAAUCCAGUGAAGAGAUGUUUCGCUCUGGUUUUCAUCUGUGUGCAAAAGAGGUCCUCCAUUAUCUGUCCAGCCAAGAGAGCAGCAGGGACCUGACCCCUUCCCACGUCAUCAGUCACAUUCAGAAGGUCGCGGCUGAAGUGCUGCAGCAUCAUAGCGACCCACAGCCGGACGAGUCCACCCUUCAAGCUUCAGAGAAGGUGAAUAAACCAGCCGGACAGCCUGCCAGGUCCUCAGACGUCCCUGCCAAGAACUGUGUCCCAGUCAUUCAAAGGACUUACCAGCAUGGGACAGGGGAGCAGAGCGGUAGCGACACAGACACUGAUAGCGGCUACGGCGGCGAGCACGACAAGCCCAAAGCCCGGUGGUCGCAGAGCCACGGGAGGGAGGAGGAGCUCAAGAACCCUGUGUCUGAGCGGACGGCCGUCAAGGAGGAGGGUGACGAGCCCCGGGCCAAGAGGUCAAGAUCAGACUCCUCUGAGGAUGAGGUGCUCUCUGUUCACGCAGCAGGAGCUCCAGGCAGUUACAUGAGCUUCUCCCCCAACCAGCCGCCAUUCUGUCUCCCCUUCUACCUCAUCCCCCCCGCAGCUGCAGCGGCGGCGGCGUAUCUCCCAAUGCUGGAGAAGUGCUGGUACCCAGGGGGCAUGCCGGUUAUGUACCAGGGCAUGAACGGCUCUGGAACAAGCCUGCCCCCAGAGACACUGCCCUCUUGUCUGAUGUCCCCACGAGCAGGGUCCCCAGGACCCCAGCAGAACCCAGUGGACUCCUCCUCUCUCCACAAAGCUUUAAAGCAGGUCUCUCCUUUGAACUUGGAAACCAAAGACUGAGCAGAUCUUCUGUCAGAAUCUUCUCCUUUGAAUGUUGAAUGGAGUGUAAAUCAGCAAACUGGUGAGCCGACAAAGCAGAGCAGUAGUUCAGCCCCCAGAGCACGCUGACCCUAGAGCAGAACCCGUCCUGGUCACCAGACCCUGAACUGGAACAGGGCAGCGAGCAGUACCCUGGUAAAGGCUCAGUUCACACCUGUUGCAUGACUCAUGGUGAAGGUGGUCUGUUUAAAAAGUGCACAAGUGAUUGUAAGGAUAUUUUUUUCUUGUUUUUAUUCACUGAACCUGUUGUUGAAUGUCAGAGAAACCCAGAAUGUAAAGUUCCUGCCUCCAAAACUAUUGGGACCUACCACUCUGUAUGAAUGUAAAGAUUGUAAAGAAAAAAGCCCCCGUAGAUGCUGCUUGAAUUAUUAUUAUUAUUAUUAUUAUUAUUGUUAUUAUUAUUAUUAUUAUUAUUGCUGUAGAUCUGCGGAUGGAGGAUCUACCGUCAGUGUUUGUUGCUCCUGUAACUGCAACAAACUAUUAUUUCGACGAGAACGUUCAAAGUAAUUUAUCAGAGUUAAUCCGACCGGUUCAUGUUAACCAGAGGUUUCCUGACAGGCGUAGCUCCUCCACCCUUCGGUUCUGGCGUAGCUCCUCCAGUCUUCGGUUCUGGCGUAGCUCCUCCACCCUUCAGGUGUAGCUGAAUAAACGCAGGAAUUCAUGUUCAGCGUGUUCGGGUGUCGUCAGUGUUCCGGAGGUGUUGAAGCAUUAUGUGGCCGUACACGCUUUACAAUUUAAUUUGUGACUGUUUGUUUUUUAGAUGAACUUCCUGUGAAGUAAUGUCUCGUAAUUCUUUUCAUUGUCCUUUAAUUUAAUUUUUAAAUUUUUUUUUGCUUAUACUACUUGUACAUCUCUAUUUUUGAUACAUGACCUCGAGGUGUAUCUGUACAGCUGCCAGAGGAAGGAUGAGGCAGCAGUUUGCUGAAUGCAGUGUGUAGAUUUGCAUCUUGCCCACAAGUCACCAGUCAAGGUUCGGCCUGAUCUUAGCUCAUGCUGUUGCCUUUACCUGCUUCACACUGAUGCAACGAAAGCAGGAGCUUUAAAGGAAUUUGCUGUAAUUGUUUUUAGCAGAGCAUGAAUGUAAAGUUCAAAGAAAAAUAAUAGUUUUGUAUAGAAAGAGGUACUCUGGAUUUUUAUUUUGCAAUGUAACACAUGGCUGUACAUAUUUUGUAUAUAAAGUAUUAUUGAUAUAUAUUAAGAUAUUAAUAAAGACUUUUUUUCCUCUC